AACGCGUAGCAUUAUAGAGGCUGCCCGCGUCGGAGUUGGGCGCGUCGUUGUCCGUACCGAGUUCCUAGGAAAUCAUAUGUUACGACGACGUGUUUGUCACUUCCGCGAUCACGCGCUCUCCCGUCUUUAUUAUUUGUUCUUCGCGUUAUUUCUGUUAUUAUUUCCACGACUCUGACGCUAUCAUUGUGUCGCUUAGUCAUAGAAGCCUUGGCUUGAUGUUGUAUGCUUGACACUUUGCACAUAUAAUCCAAUAAUAAGAAUAGAUUUUCAGUAGUUAUUGCAAGGGCAUGAGGAACAUUCUAUAUAGCGACAGUUGUGUUGAGAGAUCACCAGGUGCCAGUUAACUCAAUACUUCUCCGCUAUGGAGAAUCAAGGUUUCCAUCAUCAGACUCUUUCAACCCAUCAGUCUUUCUGGAAGAAGAAUACACGAGCUGUGCCUGGGAGGCCAAGUCCAAAGCAAGACAUUAGACACGGCAAAUUUAAUACUAUGGCAAUCGGAUCUGGCAACCUAACAGGCACUAGUAAUAGUGGUGGCAGUACUGGUGGAAGCAGUGGUUCUACUUCCUUCCAGGAUUUUCAAGAAAGUGUCGAUGAUGCAUGGGAUUCGGGUGAUGAUGAAUUUUGUACUGUCUCGGAUGUGAAGAUAUCGAAAAAAGUCAGUCACUCGGCAGCCCUUAGUGUCAUCAACAGUCACAGAUCCGGUAACGCGUGUGCAGAGCGACAAACGCACACCAAAACAGUACAACAGGAAAUAAUACCCGAAGAGAAGAAAGCAGAGGCACUUCAGCGUCUGGCGGUGCAGCCGUUGCAUCUGCGCAACGCGAAUUUGCUCAUUCACUCACAGGUGAAUAAUAGUCAGCAUUUUGGCAGUGACGAUGUGGAUUUGAAAUACGGUGCAUCGCCUCAGCACAAACCGACACAGUUUCCUGGUAGACCGCAACCUUUAAGACAAACCAACCCACCCGUCAAGUUUUUUAUACCUUCUAAAGAACAAGAUGGCGAAAGUAAAGUAGACAAGUUCCAAUUACUUCUGGAAGCGUCUGUGCUGAAUUUGGACGAACUGAGGCAACUGUCGUGGUCAGGCGUGCCCGCUAAAUUGCGUUCUGUUACUUGGCGGUUGUUGUCUGAAUACUUGCCAGCUAAUCUGGAGCGUAGGCAGAAUGUGUUGGAGCGCAAACGGCUGGAUUAUUGGAACCUGGUGAAGCAAUACUACGAUGUCGAGCGUGAUGAGGCUUUUCAAGACACGUAUCGACAGAUUCAUAUCGAUAUACCGCGAAUGUCGCCGCUCAUAUCGUUGUUCCAGCAGACGACGGUGCAGCUGAUAUUCGAAAGAAUACUUUAUAUCUGGGCGAUCAGGCAUCCUGCUUCUGGCUAUGUUCAGGGUAUGAAUGACCUGGUGACGCCCUUCUUCUUAGUUUUCUUGCAAGAAGCCGUACCCAUACAAGCCUGGCAGGAUCUGGAGAACUAUGACGUAGCGUCGUUGUCGAAGGAGCAACGCGAUAUCAUCGAGGCUGACAGUUUUUGGUGCCUGUCGAAAUUCCUAGACGGUAUACAGGACAAUUAUAUAUUUGCUCAAUUGGGAAUUCAGCACAAGGUGAAUCAAUUGAAGGAACUGAUACAGAGGAUUGACGCACCACUGCAUCAGCACUUGCAUCAGCAUGGGGUAGAUUAUCUACAGUUUUCCUUUCGGUGGAUGAAUAACCUAUUGACCAGGGAAAUUCCACUUCAUUGUACCAUUCGUCUGUGGGACACCUAUUUGGCGGAAUCUGACAGAUUCGCUUCGUUUCAACUUUAUGUGUGUGCAGCCUUCCUUCUGCGCUGGAGGCGUCAUUUACUUUUGCAACCUGAUUUUCAAGGGCUGAUGUUAAUGCUACAAAACCUGCCCACUCAGAACUGGACGGAUUCGGAGAUUGGGGUGCUGGUGGCCGAGGCGUACAAGUUGAAGUUCACAUUCGCCGACGCACCGAAUCACCUGCAGGCUCACGAUACCAGGUGACCAUUUUUCGAUGGAUUGAGUUAAAGUUAUGCGGAUGAAUAGUGGCCAAACCAUCGAGGGGUUGGUGAUAUCGCUGGCCCUUCUCUUCCGUCUUAACGUCGCUAUGUACACUGCGACGUUCAGCUUAUAUCACGGCCAUAUUGUGAAAGUUUGUGGGACGCGCGGUCCUCUACGUUUAUCUCUACGUCGAUUAUUGGGUUUCCUCGAUUACUACGCGCGUCGUUAUAGAGUUUAUUCCUUUGUUAUACGAGGAGGAUUUUAUGGAGGGAAGUCUUUUAGAUACACUCGCCAUAUAUUCCGCACCGGAAUAACAGAUGUAAAUGCGGUUUGAAAACAGGCGCGGAGAAUGUAACGCGAAUCAAUUGCCAUUUCCCGGUUUGCAUUACAUUUUUAUAUAUAGUAAGUCUCUCAGACCUUAUAUAUAUACAGAUAAUAUAUAGACAGAAAAGUUUUAUAUAUCGAUCCUGUUGUUGUGUUUUUAUGUGACGAUUGUACCACUUCCGCCA